GCAGACCUCGCCAUGCAGUUUCUUAUCUUCUAAUCGGACGGCCAAGACAAGCAGCUGUAUCUUAGUCUGGUUAUAUAUAAGCACACCGCACACCUUUGCCCCCAGAAUAUUCCGUCUUCCUAGGGCUUCAUCUUGUUUCCCUAUUCAAGCGUAUAAGGUUUUAGAGGCGGCAAUUCACUUGCAACUAUGGCGCGGCCGAUUUUUGUUGGAAACUUUGAGUACGAGACUCGCCAAUCUGAGUUGGAACGUCUGUUCGGCAAGUAUGGAAGGGUGGAGCGAGUGGACAUGAAAUCUGGUUUUGCAUUCGUUUAUUUUGAGGAUGAUCGCGAUGCUGCUGAUGCUAUUCGUGGACUUGACAACACACCUUUUGGUUACGACAGACGGAGGCUUUCGGUGGAGUGGGCUAGGGGUGAACGCGGUCGGCAUCGUGAUGGGUCCAGGUCGUUGGCAAACCAGAAGCCCACUAAGACCCUUUUUGUAAUUAAUUUUGAUCCAAUUCGUACCAGGGUUGAGGACAUAAAGAGACACUUUGAAAGAUAUGGAGAGGUUCUUCAUGUUAGGAUACGGAGGAAUUUUGCAUUUGUGCAGUUUGAGACGCAGGAAGAUGCUACUAAAGCCCUUGAAUGUACACACAUGAGCAAAAUAUUGGACAGGGUGGUGUCAGUUGAGUAUGCUUUGAGGGAUGAUGGUGAGAGGGAUGACAGAGAUCAUAGUCCUAGGAGAGGAGGUUAUUAUGGGAGGUCUCCUAGUCCUGUAUAUCGCAGGAGACCAAGUCCUGACUAUGGUAGAGCUCGCAGCCCAGAGUAUGAUAGGUACAAUGGCCCAGCUUAUGAUAGACACAGAAGUCCUGAUUAUGGUAGGGCUCGAAGCCCUGGGUAUGGCAGAUAUCGCAGUCGAUCACCAGUUGGAAGAUCCAGAACAUGAAGGGAUGGGAGCAUGCUGGUUUUCUAUGUGGGAUUGUUGACUUGUCUAGUUGCAUUAGCUUUAGAUCUGUCAUGUACAGAGAGCAUGAUACUGUAGUUUGUUCUUUAUUGCUUUCAUACUAUUAAAGGCUGUUAUGACUUUAAUGGUUUUUAUCAAUGGAACCUGGUAGCACUCUUAAGGAAA